AUGAUAACUGAUUUACCCCCUGGGAGAUUGCCAAUUGAAACAUACAGCAUUGAAGGAAAUGAAAGUGGCUUUGAGAGAGUCUAUCAGAUGAUGUUAGAAGAGCUAGAAUCUGGAGGAAAAGUAUAUCUAGUGUAUCCUGUUAUUGAACAAUCUGAGCAACUGCCUCAACUUCGUGCUGCUUCAGCCGAUCUUGAAAUGAUAUCCACUAAGUUUGAAGGUUACAACUGUGGCUUGUUGCACGGAAAAAUGAAGAGUGAUGAGAAAGAUGAUGCAUUGAGACAGUUUAGAUCUGGGGCAAUCCAAAUACUGCUUUCGACUCAAGUAAUAGAGAUUGGUGUGGAUGUACCCGAUGCAUCUAUGAUGGUUGUUAUGAAUGCUGAAAGAUUUGGAAUUGCUCAACUACACCAACUUAGAGGACGAGUAGGGCGUGGAGCAAGGAAGUCCAAGUGUGUUUUAGUGGCAUCUACAGCUAGUAGCCUGAACCGGUUGAAGGUGCUGGAGAAAUCAUCAGAUGGUUUUCACCUAGCAAAUAUUGACCUCCUUGUACGUGGUCCUGGUGAUUUGCUUGGUAAGAAACAAUCAGGACAUCUUCCAGAGUUUCCUAUUGCCAGGCUAGAGAUAGAUGGAAAUAUCAUUCAAGAAGCACAUCUUGCAGCACUGGACUUCAUCCGCAAUGUGGAUAAUAUCAGAGUGCAGGGUGGGAACUGGGAAGUGAAAAUUCUGGGUACUUCUCAUAAUUUGGAGAAAUUCCCUCAACUCAAAGCUGAGCUUAGCAUGCGACAGCCACUGUCCCUUCUGGGUGAUUGA